GAUGCAGUUUACUUUCUUCCACACACGGUGGUGGACGGCGGACAACUGCAAGCGGGUACACUAACACACACACCUGUGGGCGCCAGGUUUCCGUCAGGUGGAGUCCUCGCUCGCUCCUACGGCUGUAAAAUGUUGACUGACGUGAUUUUGGAGGAAGAGUUUGACAAGAAUGGAGAGUCCUGGUACGACCCGCAGGACCUUGAACACGAUCUCCAUUUGGCAGCGGAGCUGGGGAAAACCCUCCUCGACAGGAACCAUGAGCUGGAGCAGGCCCUCCAGCAGAUGUACUCCACCAACCAAGAGCAGCUGCAAGAGAUAGAGUACCUGAGCAAGCAGGUGGACCUACUGCGUCAGAUGAACGACCAGCACGCCAAAGUAUAUGAGCAGCUAGACACGGCUGCCAGGGAUCUGGAGCAAAGCAACCAGAGACUAGUGCAGGACAACCGCGUCGCCCAGUAUAAGAUCCAUAGCCUAACAGAGACCAUUGACGGGCUUCAGACCCACAUGGAGGACCUGCAGACCCAGAUGGACGAGCUCAAGACUACCCAGGCAGAAAGAAACAAAAGAGAGCUGGCAGAGCAGCGACGCAGCCUUGGAGCACAGAGUGUGUCCUGCCUCAAAGAGCUGUAUGACUUGCACCAUGACAGGCACCUAGCUCUCGAAAGUCUGCGUGCAGACGGACUCUGGUCACCUCAAAGCUCUUUCUAUGACCAAGCCAGAUGUCAAGACCCGGAGGAGGAGAAUGCGGCUCUCCAGCUGUCCAUCCAGACACUUCAGGCCCAGAUAGCUGCGGAGCGGAGCCGCAGGGAGGCUGCAGAGCGGGAGAGUGAGUUGACCGCCAGUGAGAACAGAGGACUGGAGGAGCGGUUGUCCCUGCUGUCGGGCUGCUGGGCCAAACAGAAGGAGCUGGAGGCCGAAGUGGAACAGCUACAGCUUCUGUGGCGCGCUGACAGUGCCAAGAGUGUCAGAAGACCAGACCAGCUGCUGUUGCCUGACACCGUAUUCUUUGCCUCAGAGGAAAAGCCCAGCCCAGGGCAGAGUGACACGGAGGAGAGGGCAGAAAAUGAUGAGGAGCAGAGGAGGUAUAGGCGACAGAGGUCGAACAGUGACAGCUUUUUGAGAGCCACAAACCCAGACGAGAUUCGCCGUGGUCAUGAGCAGCUGUGUAUCAGGAGAGCAGAGGCGGUGAAACAGAGGGGCAUCUCUCUGCUCAAUGAGGUGGAUGCACAGUACAGCGCAUUGCAGGUGAAAUAUGAUGAGCUGCUGCAGCGAUGCCAGCAGGCGACAGACGGACUCAGCCAUAAAGGCGUCCAGACAUCCAAUAGUCCCUUUGCGAGCAUCCGGGCCCGUCGCCGCCUGUCCAGCUCAUCUGCUUUGCCUGAUCUGACAGUGGUUCUGGAAGACGACCAGCAGCCUGAGUACAAGGCUCUGUUCAAGGAGAUCUUCACCUGCAUCCAAAAGACCAAAGAGGACCUCUGCGAGAACAAUCGUCCAGACAGGGACAGGAAUUUCCAUAACUCUGCCUGAUGAGUGUAUUGUUCAUCAUCCUGGGAGAUGGGGUUUGCACUUGAUUGUGUCGGUGAAAGUUUUUGACAAGGGAGAAACUUUGAGCUGGCUUUGCGAUUAAAAAUAUCCAGGGGAUGCAGAUGCAAUAAGCACACUCAGCUCACGUGCGUCUUAGACACACUUGCAAUCCUCUUAUCUCCUGUCAUGUUGACGCACCUAUACUUUUGUCAGUCAGCACUGUUCCUUUUAUUCCGUCCGUAUCAAAAAUGAAGUGUUAUAAAACUUUCUAUGUAAAGCAGCUGUAUGAUUUGAUGUAAGAAUGCAUUCAAAAAUACAACAAAUCUACAGAAAACUAUAGAUAGUAAAGAAAUAUUGUAGAGAGAGAUAUUUAUAGUUAGAUUAAUGUGUACUAAUCAAUCCUUGGCUGAUACAAAGUAAAGCAGUAAAGUAUUAUGUCCAACUACAACAGUAUUCAGUGCUGAACGUUAACCACGUGACCACUUGAUCAUUUGGUGCUUGGGAGAGAAAUACACACAUUGAAUAUUGUUUGUAUUAUUGAUAUAAGUUGGAGACGUAGCUGUUACAUAUGGCUUGUGUAAACAGAAGCGUUGGAAUGUUGUAAUAGGAUGAAAAACUGUAGCUAUGUAAUAACUAAAGACUCAGGAGUUUAUGGUAAUUAGCUUAACAGCUAGUGCGAGUUGGUUUUUGUAAGUUGGAAAUAGUUGGUUCACCAGUUGAGGGAUUUUCAAAUGUCAGCAGAGAAAUGUCAGUGAAAGCUGGAAUACUGUUUGUAAAAGUCUGUGCUUUCUGUUUUCAUGUCUAUGCACAGCUUAAGCUCCAACAAGUGUCUUCAUGCUAGUAGUACACAUAACUGCCCUGCACUUUUUAUGACUGAAUCACAGUUUCUUUUUUAUUUAUUUUUUUUUUGAAAGAAAUUUAGAAAAGAUAAAAUGUUAUUUAUUUUCAUUAUUGCUAAAUAUUUAGAGCCGAUUGAUGAGCUAAGAGUGACUGCAAGUGAAAUGAAUUACACUGAGGUGCUUUUUCUGUGGUUGUAAAUAUUCUGUCUGACACAGGUGAUUGGAAAAAAAAAAAAAUUAUAAUACAGAGGUAAAUGGAAAGCACAAAAGAAAUGUUUCUUUGUUUAUAAACAAUUUCCAUUGCCUCAAAUUGUUGUAAUAUUUCUUCUGGGUUAGACAUUCACUUCUCAUAACAUGGAACAGAAAUUGUGUUGAUCAGGUUAGUACAAACAUUAAUUAUUUAUUCUCAUAACCCUUUACAUCUAAAUGAAAACAUUUCUUAAAGAUAUUAUGAGAACAGCUGUGAAGCUGGACUGUAUACUGCUGCAGAAGGCAUCACUGUAUGAUUAUAGGUGCCCUCCAUGCAGACUAACAUGUUU